UUUGCGGUUCCGCGACGUCGGGUCAGCUGAUCUCUGCUGCACCAAGGAGAAAGAUGUCGCUGACAAACUGCCGAAGGAUGGAGGCGGUUUUAUCCGUGGCGUUUGUCCUCUGUUUCUUUAUCACAAGCGGUGUACAUGGCGACAGUUUAACGGUGCUGCAGUCUCCAGACUUUGUGUCCUUCCAGAAAGGAGACUGGCCCAUCUCUGGAGAGAAGAUCCCUGACCUGGUGGCUCUAACCAUGGGCUUCUCUGUUCAAGAGGAUCUGGCCUGGCCUGGCCUUAAGGCUGGUCCGUUGUUCCAGCGUCCCCGAGCCAACGUCCUGGUGGUGGUGAGAGGAGUGGAUAGCCUGGACAUGCCUAAUAGUGUGGCCUCCUACCCCCUGGAAAAUCCGGUUCCCUUCACCUUGGACAGUGUUGCAGAGACAGUCCACUCUCUGUUUGCUGAGGACACUCCUGUAGUGCUGCAGCUGGCCCCCAGUGAGGAGAGGUUGUAUAUGCUGGGCAAAGCCAAUGCUGUGUUCGAGGACCUGCCAGUGACCCUGCAGCAGAUCCGCGCCCGCCUGUCCCAGGACGGCUCGGUGCUAGCCUCCCUGCCGCUCAACUCCCUCAGCAGGAAUGCAGAGGCUGAUUUGCUCUUCCUGUCUGAGGUCCAAGUCCUGCACGAUAUCACCGCUCUGCUGCAGAGACACAAACACUUGGCGAAGGAUCACUCUCCGGACCUGUACUCUCUGGAGCUGUCCGGCCUGGAGGAGCUCAGCAGGGUCUACGGCCAGGACUCUCCUCAGUACCGCGACGCCACCGCCAUCCUCGCCACCGUUCUGCAGAAAUUUGGAGAGGAUGUGUAUGGUCUAUAUGGCAACAGCACUGUGGUGGAGGUGGUUACAGUGAAGACCUUUCAGGCUCCUUUGACCAGGAAGUCCCGUUCAAUCCUGGAAUCCAAACAGAUCAGCAACCCCGGCAGCCCUUACAACCUGGCCUACAAAUACAACUUCCAGUAUGCUGUGAUCUUCAACAUUGUGCUGUGGCUGAUGAUCGCUCUGGCCCUCGCCGUCAUCGUCACUUCAUACAACCUGUGGAACAUGGACCCAGGAUACGACAGCAUCAUCUACAGGAUGACCAACCAGAAGAUCAGGAUGGAUUAGGUCCUGACCCAUCAACACUCCCUCUGUCCUCUUUAAUCCCUCCAGUGAAUGUUUGUGUGUUUUGUGAGGUCUUGUUUAGUGAAACAAAAUGUGACAACUUGAGGGGAGGAAGGGCUUAAUAUGGAGUCACCUCUUUGUUGACAAUGCUGACAUGAUAACGGACAAAAAACAUUGACAUUUCAGUAUUUGUUCUUACAUUUGCCCACAUAAAUAAAUCCUCCUACACUGAUGUAGACACUGAACCAAUUCACCCUUCCUCCCUUCAACUUCAGCUCAUUCCUUCCGACUUUGACUCCUCACUAACUAUGUUUUGUUUGUUUCCCUGGUGAUUGCAACUUUAUUUUUUAUUGUAAAAAAUAGUGUAAUGAUAUGAAAGAAUGCGUCUGUGUGAACUUGUUGUGGUUGUUUUGCUGUGUGAAGCUGUUUUAAGUUAAAUGAAAUCUAUGUGUAUAUAUUGAAGAUACAAAGAAAACUGUAUGAGAAACUGCUGUACUCUUAUUGUGAAAAAGAUGGGUGCAGUGUUUAUUCCAGGUAGGUUUCACCCUGCUUUACAUUAUGAUGGUUGUUAAGAUUGGACAAGGAUCAUUUAAGCUGUCAAUUGCAAUAAAAUGCCUGACAAUAAAUUAUUACGUGGAUCACCCCAA